UAGGCUCCAGGCUCCCCGUGACCCUGUGUAGGACAAGUGGUACAGAAAAUCGUUGGAUGGAUUUAUUUAUUUAUUUGUUUGUUUGUAUAUUUACAAAGACUGCACCAUUUAAAUUAAAGAAAAACUUAAAAGAACAAGAGGUUGAGGGAUAGGCAUAGCGUUAAUUAGCUGCAUUAAACAACAAUUAUGAUAAUCGAUGACAAAUCGUGUGUGUGUGUGUGUGUAUGUAUGUGUGUGUAUGUGUGUUUGACAGAGAUGAAGAGAGAGAAGGUGUUUGACGUCACUGGAGUCAGGGAGGGUCUGCAGGAAGAGCGCUGGCAGGUUUUACGUCUCCUCUUCUGCCCUCUUUCUCGUUCGUCUGUCGCUUCACUGCCCAUCGUCCUGGGAAAUAAUAUAUAUAUACACACACUGAAGCCUGAAAAAGCAGCGAAAUGGAUUUUUAGCGCGCUUGUGUGAUGGAUGUAUGAGAGAAGGAUGGAUUCCGUGUACCUGCUUCUGUCUCUUCUCGCUCUCCAAGUGCGUCUCAUCACCGCGGCCGAGAGUAAACACGGUUGCCUGUUUGAGGAGAAUCUGUGUAUGAACUAUGAAAUUUGUGUUAAUGAUGGCAUGUUUGGCCAUUGUCAGAUGAUGAUGGGAGCAGAUGUGUACACAUAUGAUAUCACACCAGCGACCCUGCAGAGAUUUCGUACACUACUCUUGAAACUUUCACUUCGAGGCCUGUCAUGGGAAGAUGAUGUCACUCAGCAGGCCCUUCAUAAAGAAUUUUCUAAACUACACAGGAUCCCCCUGUUACCGCCUGACUCAAGACAAAUGGUACAGACUGCUGCUGUGGAAGAUGAAAGACUGAAGUCAUUGGAAGAGAAGCUUAGCAAAAGUCUGCAGAAGUAUUUGCUGAACCUGAGACUACUGCCUAAACUAGAUGGUCAGAUCACCAAAACGAAGUCUUCUGUGCCACCAGCAUAUUAUCGUUCUGGAAAACCAAACAAUAAACUCGGCUCAAUCCCACCUGAGUUCACCCCAGAUUCACCUUAUCAGUCAGCUACAUUCCCUGACCUUACUCGUUAUCAGAGUGACACAGUGUACAACACACAACAACAGCAGGAUGAUUCAGACUUCCCUCUUACUGCCCUAAAGCAGUAUGUGUCUCAGAAAAUGGCAUCUGGGCAGAGAGGUAGACCAAAACCAGAGCCAGUAAUCCCAAAGGGUGGAUCCCCACAGUUGCUUGUCAAACAGCCCCUGACUCCAGUAGAUGAGACCUUUAUCCGAAAUGUUCUACGCAAUGUAGUCAGGCACAAUGUAGAUGUGGCACGUUUGAAUGCAGCAGAACUGGACCAGCUGGCCUCUCUCAUAGCUGAUGCCCUGCAGGUAGUGGAGAAGCAAGCAGAAAAGGGAUACAGACCCAGAGAUCUGCAAACAGAUGACCUACAAACUGAGGACCAGGAAACUGGAGAAUUGAUGCUCAAUAAUCAGCAGCCAGUAGCAGAUUCAUGGGAUGAAAAUACCUCAGAGUCAGUACGGCAAUUAAGUGAAGAAACUUCACCAAUCAGUCAAAUAUUUGAGACCAUGCCGUCUGUGUCAGGGGGACAAAAAAGGAAGGAGGACAGAUCUAAAGCAGACCAUAAGGAAGUAGAAUUAUUGGGGAAGUUAAUAGAGUAUCUGGAUAAGACCUCCCUCUCGGAGCCGAGCCCACGUGUAAAGGGGCAGGGCAUAUCUGUGGAGAGAGUACACAGCAGGACAACCCAGCUGGAUGUAAAAGUACAGAAGAAGGCCAUGGAACAGGUGGAGGAGGUGGAGGGCUGGGUGGAGGCUGCUGCUCUAGCACCCUCUUCUGUCCGAGAGAUGGAUAUUACCCCGCACCGCCAAAAUGUGAAAGUGCAGGAUCUGCAACUUGAUGUACAGACCAACAGUAACAGUGAUGUCUAUGGCUACAUCAUUACAGAUAUGGAUUCUCUUCAAACUGAUCAGGGUUUGCACCUGAUGGAGCUGUUGUGUCGCAGAGCAAAGAUCCAGAUGACUGAUUUCCUGGAGCUUUCUGUUGUUGGUCCAGCUGUGACAUUCCAGGUCCGCAUUAAUGAUCAGAAUAUCACCACAGCUGCUAUUGCCAAUGUGGCUGUUAGUCAGAAGGCUGCACUAGAGAAGGAGGCUGGUGUCACCAUUUUGGAGGCAGGAGUUACGGAUAAGACUAAAUUGAGUCAAAUUCCUACUAAGUACAGCCACUCUGAAUCUAUGAAGUUCCUCAUCCUUACGGUAAUAUCCAUCGUGUGCAUCACCGUGGUCCUGUUGAUCUCUAGCAUUAUCUACUGUCUGCGCCAUCGAUCGCAUCACAAACUCAAAGAAAAACUCAGCAACCUCAGCACAGACCCCACUACUGAAGCCACAGCUACCUACCAGGAGUUGUGUAGGCAGCGGAUGGCUGUGAAGCCCCCAGUGGAAAGGGCAGAGCUUCGACAGUCCUCUCGCAUCAACAGUGUGUCUUCUCAGCUGAGUGACGGACCAAUCCUUAGCCCCUCUGCCCGAACGAGCACUUCCUCCUGGAGUGAAGAGCCUGCCCACACAAACAUGGACAUCUCUACUGGACAUAUGAUACUGGCAUAUAUGGAGGAUCACCUGAAGAAUAAGAACAGGUUGGAGAAGGAGUGGGAAGCUCUGUGUGCGUAUCAGGCAGAACCGAAUACCUGCACUGUUGGCCAGAGAGACUCCAAUGCCAAGAAGAACCGCACCACUACUAUCAUACCUUAUGACCAUUCUAGGAUUUGCCUGAAAGUGGAGAACAGCCAAGGCAACUCUGAAUACAUCAAUGCUAGUCCUAUUAUGGAUCAUGACCCCAGGAACCCAGCUUACAUUGCCACUCAAGGUCCUCUGCCCUCGACUGUUUCUGACUUCUGGCAGAUGGUGUGGGAAAGCGGGUGUGUGGUGAUCAUCAUGUUGACUCCUCUAACAGAAAGUGGAGUUAAACAGUGUUACCACUACUGGCCAGAUGAGGGCUCCAACCUCUACCAUAUAUAUGAGGUUAACCUGGUGUCAGAACAUGUGUGGUGUGAGGAUUUCCUGGUUCGUAGUUUUUACUUGAAGAACAUGCAGACCAAUGAAAGUCGCACAGUCACCCAGUUCCAUUACCACACAUGGCUCAACCAGCAUACACCCGAGACUAGCCAGACUCUGCUCGACUUCCGCAGAAAAGUAAAUAAAUGCUACAGAGGAAGGUCCUGCCCCAUCAUAGUUCACUGCAGUGAUGGAGCAGGGAGGACUGGGACAUACAUACUGAUUGAUAUGGUUCUGAAUAAGAUGGCUAAAGGUGCUAAAGAGAUUGAUAUUGCUGCUACACUGGAACACCUGAGAGAUCAGAGACCUGCCAUGGUUCAAACCAAGGAGCAGUUUGAGUUUGCAUUGACUGCAGUAGCAGAAGAAGUGAACGCUAUCCUCAAAUCCCUUCCUUAGUGAGAAAUCAUGCAGCAAGAUGCAUCCCCUCUUCCUCUCCUUCUUAUUUUCUUCCUCAUUCUCUGCCCGAUUCUCUCUAUCUGGAUAGCGUAAAUAUACUUAUAACUGUCAUUCAGAGCCUUUUCCCAAUUUUUAUUUGUUCUGGCCUUGCAGUGCAGACAUUCUACUGAUAUUAAAAAGAUGUUAUAUGUUUGGAUAUAUUAGUCAUAUAGCUUAGAUUUUUACCCACAUAUGAAUGUGCAUUUAAUUUUUGGCCACUCUUACAUGUCUGGUGGCUGGUGGCCCAUGUUUAAUCAUUGUCAAAUGUAAUAUUGUGAUAAGCUGCCAAUAGCUUGUUUCCAAUGCUGUAAAGAGCAUUUAAUACAUCUGUAUCUAAAAUUAUGCUGCAAUAGUAAUAAAAAGUUGAUUAUUGAUAAUAUAAGAUAUGGAAAGUGCUCUUGAAGAUGUACUUGGUAAAGGCACAAAUGCUGGUAAAUAUAUGUCUGUUUUAAAGGAAUAAAUUCAGUAUCAAGGUCUGAAAAGACAGUUCUAUUUCAUCACUCCUAACCACCAGAGGCAGUAAGAAUGACCUGCAUACCUUCUUUUGUACAUGUGCAAACCUGCCAAGACAUUCCAACAAAGCACAAAGUGCCCUGUA